AAAACUAUGAUCCUAGUGUUUAAUAUUCUAUCCUGUACUGACAUCCAUUUAGUUCUUACAUUAACUGAGGUUGAUUUAACAAGAGAUGGGAAGGUGGCUCUUAGGAGCAGGGAGGUGAUAAGUGUUUUUAAAAUGCCUGGCUCUGCAGUGUGAUGAGAACCAUUAUAAUUCUGUGAUAGGUGAAUCACUGAAACAUUCCUGUGGGGAGACUGAUGGUUCAAUGUUUUUUGUCUUAGAGUGCCACUAGUUAAAAAUACUGACACUAAGAAUGCAUAGGCUACUAUUUCUUGUCCUGCCAGCUGUACUGCUAUAGUUGCAAGGGGUAGGAAUGGGAUAACUCCAGGAAAGUCUUCACUCCUAUUAGAAUAAGUCUGAAAAUAAAAAGGCAUGGUGACUUUUGGUGCAUUGUUGGAAUGGUGCACUAUUUUUGGCGUUUGCAACAUUACCUUAGGCCUUUUAAGUAGAUAAUCCUUUCUAAAGGCUAGUUCUGGUAUCAGAUGGGUUUUGUGGCCCAUGUUACUCAUUAUUUAAAUUCAGUUUGAAGUCCAGUGAACUAAUCUGUGGCUUUUGAGUUACUGUACAUGAACUUAAAAAUGAGUGCAGAACAAGGAUUUUCUACCAGAGUGGGAGCAGAUUAAAGCAGAGGGUAUAACUAAUACAAUUUUAUUUUUCAAAAACAUGUUUUCCAUACUGAAAAUAGAAGACAGACACUUCUAGUAUUGUGUCACUGUGGCAUUUCUAAAUUUAUAUAACUGAAAUGUGUGUCUAGGCAUGUCUGGUUUUGGGUUUUUUCUGAAAGCCAUUUUCAAGCUGAAGUCCCAAUAAAGCAAAGGGUUGUUGAGCUAGCUCGAGGUGUUCACAUUAGAGGCAGCAUCUCUGCCUCUAAGGGUGAGGUUAAAGAACUGUGCAUGGUAGAUGCCACUGAUCUUACCUUUAUGCUUUUGUGCAAGAGUAAAAGAGUUAAUACCUGAUCUACUUGUCCAGUCAGACUUUAUUGUUUCACAGGAACCUCUGUCCUCAUACUGUAUGUUUCUAAACAAGGCCCUUUUCACUGUUCCAUGCACCAAAUUUGCUAAUUGUUAGCCAGCUGUGCACUAAGAAACUCUGUCCUGGUUACAAAAUUUCGUGUUCUGGAGCUUGAUUAAUUUAUUCUAUACAUUAGAAUCGCUGCAAUUGCAGUAGCUGUUGUGAUUAAUCAGUAACUUUUUUUAAAACUGUAACAAUAUUCUUAGCUUCAGAUUCUUUGGACUUCUGAAAUAAAGAGAUGCUUCAUUUACUUGGUGGUUCUGAGGAGCAGUGGCAUGUCUUGAGUAAAAACUUAAAACACCUUUUUUGCUGGGCUGGGUCACUUGUCAGGGGGUAGCUCUAGUAGUGUAUAUUAUGAGUAGUAUAUAUUUGCAAUAGUGCAUAGCAUUUUAGUAUUAUCACAAAUACAGUGGGUUUUGACUUCAGUUACUACCUUUGUCUUGAGAGUGCUGGAAAGGCUUGCAGCCAGGAAUUUCUAAGAAGAAUUAUGACUAGUUCCUGUUCAAACUUUAGCUUGUGGGAGUGAAGUAACAGAACUGUAGCCUGCUAGAGCAGUCUUGUAAGGCUUUGAAUGCUGUAAAGUCUCUGGCUUCAGUAGAUAAAAGUACAGUGCUGAGACACUGACAGAGAAGUUGGUUGAGUAGGUAGUGUCGGUAUUCUCCAGCUCUUGGGCUUGCUGAUCACCUGUAGGAUAUGUUUGUGAAGGUGAUAGUGAGCAAAGAUUGCUCAUGGAAUGAAGAAUGCUCAUGGAAUGAUUGCUCAUGGAAUGAAUUUUAUGCUUUUCACCAAAGCUUCUCUCAUACAAAUUUAACUUCAGGAAGAAGCAAUUAGUUUGAGUGUGUCAAGAUAUAUCUUGUAUGUAUAACAACUUUAGUUCUGUACAUCUGUCAGUUUUUUUGUCGUGAUUGACCCCUAACCUUUUUCUUAACGUCCCAAAAUGUUUGGGAGGUUAGGCAGUAAAUUGAAGAGGAAGAGUAUCUGCAUCACAGCAAGCAAGCCUGUGUAAAUUCUACAGCAUCGCCAUUGUCUUCACAGUGGGGUUCUGAACUCAGGGCACACAUGCUUACCUGUUGGUUUGGAAAAAGUUAAGGAUCAUGAGCCUCAAAUAACUUACACACCUGCACUGCAGAGGGUAAAGGCCAGUUGCUUAAGGUGUUUCAGUGGCAUAGAGCUCUCAAACAGAUGAGAUGGGAAAUGUUGAUGUGGAUGAUGGUAGAUCCGUCAAGUUGGAGAAGUGUUGGGUUCAAAAUAUGCAGUCGUUGUUUUUGAUCAGAAGGUAAGACAGCAAGGCCUGUCCUGGCCUGAACAGUGCCUCAUGGGCUGGCUCUGGCUCACUAAAGCUUUCAUCUGCUUCCACUGCUUGCAUUGCAGUAAUGCUGUUUACUCUGCUAGGAUACUGAUCUGGUACAGAGUUUAUUCUGCAGGAUUUACCAGUUUAAUUCUUGGCAGAAUUAUCAAUUGUCCAGAAUUAAUUGCUAUGAAAAUACUGACAUCAGUGAAAUGAAAUUUUUACUUCUGUUUAAUAUGUUGCAUUUCUAUUUCUUUAUAAUAACUACUCUAGUUUGCUGUUUACCAGAGCAAGAAAAUCAAUCCUCUGUAGGCAAACCGUGUGUCUCUUGAACUGAGUAAACGCUAAGCUGAAGUCUUUAUUUUCAUACUAUGUAUUCAGUUCAGCUGGGGUGAGAAUUAUCAAACAGUUUCAGGUAUGUUCUGUGUGAAAUAAGGAAAGAACCAAAUCUGAAAAAAUGUUCCUAGACCAGGCAGCAGGAUUAAGAUGAAUGAUUAGAGGGAGUGAAAUGGUUAAGCAUGCAGGUAUUGAGGGCUGGGUAAGUAACUAAUUGCAGGUAGUGAAAUUUAGGAGAUCACGGGUAAACCAAUUUAGAUGCUAUAUAUACCAUAGCCUGAGGGCUUCUUUGGGACUAGGGGAAAGAGGUUGGAUCUUUUUUUCCACUGCAAUCAUACUCUCUCUAAAUUCCUGAAUUAAUGGUUUGUGGCAGCCUGGGACUGGCUCAAACUAGAAUGGUAACAGCUUAGCAGAAAGGAAAUAUAGACAUUUUAAUUACUUUGUUUGUGUGAUUUGACUUUGCUGCUGGUGCUGUUAGCUUCUGGACUGCAGUGUUAGAACAUAUUGUUUGAGAAGAUCAAUCAGUUACUGUAGAAUUCUUUCCAGGCUUUUAGAAUUACAGCAUCUUUGAAAAGAGCCAAGCGAGAGUUAUGGUUCUACUGGGACAGGUAGACUUGACUUGUCAAAAGCUGAAAUGUUGAAUGUUCUUUGCAGGUCGUGCCUUGUACCCCAGAAAAGUGUAGCCUUAAUUAAGUGUGUGGAAUGUUGCUUUUGCAAUGCUGAUGGUGUAUACUAUAAAAACACCACUGGUAUAAUUGUGGUAUACUUGAGGAACUGAGUAUGUUAUUUUAGGGUGAAAAGUGAUCUUGAUAAUUCUAAAUUGCAUUUUGUAACAAUUCAUCACCAUUAGUUUGUCAAAAUUAGUUUGCUAACUUCAUCUUUAAAAUGGCAUAUGUGAUCUUUCUUAGCAUUGCUUCUUAUGUCCUUAGCAUAAAAAAUACCCCAAACCUUGAAGCUAUGGCCAGCUCAUUUGAUUAAUAAAUGGGUUUUACAAUGGUUGCUUGGAACUAGGUAUCAGAAGAAAAAAAAAAAUUGAACUUCAGGUUGAGGUCUGAAGUCUAGUGAGAGAUACUAGAAAAUAUAACUCUGGAUUGUUUGUGAGCAUGUGGUGUAAACCAAGCAACAAUACAGCUUUCUAACAUUGUGCAGAUGUUUAAGGACACCUUAAACACCUGGAUGUUGUUUGAAAGUGUUUAAAAAUCACCUUCAAAUCUCUGUGCCCUUACAUUAAGGAAAAAGAAAAGGAACUUAGAUGGUUUUGCCACUGGUAGCAAAAUGGAUUAUACUGGUAGUGCUGACUUGAGUUUAGUUAGGCUGAAUGGCAGUCAGCUGUGUGUGUGCUGCUUGUAGCUCCAUGGAAGGGAGAGGAGAAACAGCAGCUGCCUUCAUUCCCCUGCACAGCACACUGACCGACUUGCUUGCCCUGGUCACAGAGGUACUUGUGCAGCAGCAGGAGGGAACUGCGUGAUGAUCACACUCACAGCCUUAAACUCUUGCAGAAAACCUGGGUGGAGAGUAGGCAGAGCAGCCAAGUGGGUGGGUGGGGACAUGCAGGAAGUAAAGGAUCCCUCUGCUGUCACUUCUUCCUCCUCUUGCAUCUGGCUGGGCAGGCAGACAGGGACGUGCUUACCUCUUGCUUAUAUUGAUUCUUUCUAAUCAGUAUUAGAGUGACAGAAACAGAUAUUGAGCGCCAAUCUCUGCAGCCUCAUGUACUGGACUUGGAAAAUAACAAGAGAUGUCCAAGAGAAAACAAUGCUCCCUUCUAACCUUGAUGUCUGCUUUCCUUCUGCUGUGCGUUAAGUCCACAGCCCAGUGGAGUCCCAUCGGAAAAUAGCACCUUGCUAACUCUGUGGUGCGUGUGGCUCUCUUUUCCUGAUGGAUUUCACAAAAAGAGAGAUCUGUCCCAUAUUUGUAAUUGUUAAUUCCCACUGUUGCUGCUCUCACAAGGAUUGUGCUAAAGAGGGUGUCAAGCCAGCCAGCUUUGAUAAAGUAGCAAUCCCUGAAGUGAAGGAGAUUAUUGAGGGAUGCAUUCGGCAAAACAAAGGUGAAAGAUAUGCUAUUAAGGACCUUUUGAAUCAUGCUUUCUUCCAAGAAGAGACUGGAGUACGGGUAGAACUUGCAGAGGAAGAUGAUGGAGAAAAAAUUGCCAUUAAACUCUGGCUCCGAAUUGAAGACAUCAAAAAACUCAAGGGCAAAUAUAAAGAUAAUGAGGCAAUAGAGUUUUCAUUUGAUUUGGAAAGAGAUGUCCCAGAGGAUGUGGCACAGGAAAUGGUGGAGUCUGGCUAUGUCUGUGAAGGGGAUCACAAGACAAUGGCGAAGGCUAUCAAGGACAGGGUAUCUUUGAUUAAGCGCAAGCGAGAGCAGCGCCAGUCGGUGCAAGAAGAACAGGAGAACAUACUUCAGGAAGAAGGUAGUCAGAAGCAGCAGCUGGAGCAGCAGCAGCCAUCAAGUGCUUCCCAUGCAGGGUCAAAGCAUCCCCAGUCUGUCACUGGUACUACUCCUGUCCCUGCUGCUUCAGCGUCGGUUUCUACACAAGUGGAGCCUGAAGAGCCAGAAGCUGAUCAACACCAACAGCUGCAGUUCCAGCAACCCAGUAUAUCUGUUCUUUCUGAUGGAACAGUUGACAGUGGCCAGGGGUCAUCUGUGUACACUGAAUCUGUGGGCAGUCAGCAGGCUGUGUCCUAUGGUUCCCAGCAUGACCAGUCAGUCUCAAGCACUGGAGUCCAGGGAUACCCAGCUUCAGUUGGCCAAGUGCAGUCCCAGCAGCACGGAGGUUAUCAGCCACCUGCAGCGACACAGGUGCAAGGCCAGCCAGCCUCAAGCAAUGCUGCGGUGCCAUCCCAGCCUACUCAACACACUCAGCAGAGUGCACAGCAGCCAGCCUCUUCCCAACAGCCUGGACAGUACCAGCUGCAGCAGUCCUCAGUUUCUGCCAGCACCACUCCUGCACAAACUGUCUCUCAAACUCAAACUUCACAGAUCAUGCCAAUGCCUCAGGCAGCAGCUGGGACACAGCUUCCUGUUUCCCAACCAGUGUCGAUCAUCCAAGGCGAGCCUCAAUUACCUGUUGCAGCAUCUUCUCUCCCUCAGCCUUCAGUUGCCCCAUCAGUCCCCAUUGGCUCUCAUUUUCUACCCAUGGGACAGGCCUUGCCAACUUCCGUGGUUCCCCAGUUCCCAGUGUCUCAGUUGCCUGUAGCAGCUCCUCAUGUGACAGUGGCUCAGCCAGGUUUCCAGUCGCUGCCCAUUUCAAUGGCAGCUGGCAUGAAUCAGCCACUGCUCACGCUGGCCACGUCUGCUGCAGCAGCUGCUGUUCCUGUAGGACCAAGCGUUGUCCCUAGCCAGCUCCCCACACUGAUGCAGCCUUUGGCUCAGCUGCCCAGCCAGGUUCUCCCGCAGCUCCUGCAGCCGCCUGUCCAGGCCGUGGGAUUGCCAGUCAGCAUUGGACAAGCUGCUGAAGCUUCACUUCCUGCUGCAGAUGCUCUUUACCAGGGCUUCCCAUCUCGGCUGACACCGCAAUACCCAGGGGACUCAAACGUUGCACCUUCCUCAGCCGUGGCCUCUGCCAGUAUUCCUUCUGCUGUGCUGUCCCCUCCCUUGCCUACAGAUGCAAUGGCCCAGUCAGGGUACCUUGCUCCUGUUGUGCAGCCGUAUGGGGAACAGAAUGUUUUAGUUUCCAUGGGCAGCCUGGGAGGACAGGCUCAGGCGGCCCAGCCUCCUGUGAGUUUAGCACAACAGGCCUCAUCUGCCUCCUCACAGCAGGCAGUUGUGGAGGGUACUCAGGGAGUCUCACAGACUGCUUCUUCAGAGACUCUUCCAGCAACACAGCCUGCUCAGUCUACCCCUUUGGCUUCUUCUAUGGAUAGUGCACAUUCUGAUGUUGCUUCAGGAUUGAGUGAUGGCAACGAGAAUGUCCCAACUUCGAGUGGAAGGCACGAAGGGAGAACAACGAAACGUCACAUGCGGAGGUCUGUCCGCAGCCGCUCUCGCCAUGAGAAGACUUCUAGGCCGAAACUGAGAAUUCUAAAUGUUUCCAACAAAGGCGAUCGGGUAGUGGAAUGCCAGCUGGAGACACACAAUCGGAAAAUGGUUACUUUCAAAUUUGAUUUGGACGGUGAUAACCCUGAGGAAAUAGCUACAAUUAUGGUGCAGAAUGAGUUUAUUUUAGCAACAGAGCGAGACUCAUUUGUAGAACAGGUACGAGAGAUUAUUGAGAAAGCAGAUGAAAUGCUAAGUGAGGAUGCAAGCGUGGAGCCAGAAGGGGAUCAGGGCUUGGAGAGUAUGCGGACAAAAGACGACGGCUUCUUCCCGGGGUCACAGAAAUUAGAGUUCAAACAGCCAGAUCCUACAUCUUCCAUGCCACAAAGAAUAGGGGUUCCCUCUAGCUCCUUUACCCAGGUUGUUCAUUCUGCUGGAAGACGGUUCAUUGUCAGCCCCGUCCCCGAGAACCGAUUGAAAGAGCAGGGCUUUUUCACAUCUGCUGUUGUUGGAGGAAACGAAACUUCAGAUAUGGUUGCAGCAUCUCCUGUACAUGGUCCUGGAAUGAAUCUCUCCCACUCAGCAUCAUCACUGAGCUUGCAGCAAGCUUUCUCUGAGAUGGGGCAUGCUCAGAUGGCAGAAGGACCUAGCACAGCUCCUCCAGUGUUCAAUCAAACAAUACCACCAUUUCCACCUGCACUUUCUACCAUGGCAGGCAGUGGUGCAACUCCUGCAUCUGUGGCUACUUCUUCAGUAUCUGUUUCCUCCAGCACUGGUGUUUCUCUUCCAGGAUCUGUUACUUUGCCUUCAGAAAAUGCAGCUGUUGGAGUUGCACCAAGCACAAGUGUGCCAAGCUCUAUUUCUCCACCUCCAGCCUCACAAUCUGGACAGCAAUCGACCGGUGUCACUUCCAGUGUGAGCGCCCCUGCUUCUUUCUCCUUAUCUGCCACGUCCCAGCCUGCUCAACCAGCGACUGCAGACAUUGCUGCCAGUAUCAGCACACCGUCGUCUUCGGCACUGCCAUCUGCCCAGGCUCCUGGUGUCACUGCUCUCGGUGCUGCUGCACCGGCUGUGACAUCUCAGUCUGCUCCUCAGACUGUGAGUAGUAUGGCAGCAGCACAGACCUCUGUUGCCCUGUCUCUGGCUCAGAACAUGGCUUUGCAGCUUCCCCAGCUCAGCAGCAGUGGCUCUGUGUCCAGUCUGGCAGAAACAACAGUCGUGAGUGCUCCGCAGUCCCUGCCCGAGAGUGGGCACUCUCUGGACAAAUCGCAUUCCUGCAGUGCAGCUGGCUUAUCUCUGCCAAUCUCUGCACCUUUAUCAUCCUCAGUAGCAUCAAGCAUAUCUGGUUCAGUCUCUCAGCCAGUGAUCCACCCCUUACUUGUUCCGUCAGGAAUUACAUCAACACCUGUCCUCCCCCAGAUUUCGGGUGCAACACCCAUGUUGCCCCAGGUUCCCUUACCUGGUGUCUUGCCACAACCGGUCACUAACUUGCCAGCAGUACAGCAGACUUUGAUCCACAGCCAGCCUCAACCAGCUCCAUUGCCCAACCAGCCUCAUGUUCACUGUCUGGAGGCUGAUGCUGAUGCUCAGUCUAAAGCCCCUGGUAUUGAUGAUAUAAAGACCCUGGAAGAAAAGCUGCGAUCUCUCUUCAGUGAGCACGGUAACGUAGGAACGGUGCAUCCGUCAGUGUCUCUGGAGACCUCACUGGUAAUGGAAACAACAGUUGUUCCUGGCAUCCCAACCACUGCUGUUGCACCAAGCAAACCCCUGACAUCCAUUAGCACUUGUAUACCUCCAAGCAGUUUGCCUCUUGGACCAACUGGCUUGCCAGUGCUGACUCCAGUUGCCACUCCUGGGCAAGUGAUCACCCCGGUCAGCUACAUCUCGGCCUCGAGCAGCAUCGCCACGGCAGCAGUGAAGCCAGGGACCUCUCCUUCCAAGCCCCCUCUCAGCAGGGUACCGGUGCUACCAAUAGGUUCUGACCUUCCGGCUGGCACUCCAUCCAGUGAGCAGCUGCCACCUUUUCCAGGACCUUCACUAACUCAGUCCCAACAGCCACUGGAAGAUCUGGAUGCUCAGCUGAGAAGAACCCUUAGUCCAGAGACUGUCCCAGUGACAUCUGCUCCUGCCUGUUCUGUGCCCUCAGUAGCAUCAACAGUGGUUACUGAGCCGGUGUCCACAGCAACACAGAGUCUGAAGGAUGCUUUGGCAGCUGGUGAUGGAGAGAGCAGUGCUGUGGCUGCAGGAGGAGCCAGUGUGCUGAAGAUGGGACGGUUUCAGGUAUCGGUGGCAGCGGAUGAUGUGCUAAAAGAGGGUGACAAACCUGAAACGAAGCCAAUGCAAUUUGAAACCACCUCCACUGAUUCUUCAAGCCUUUCUGGCAGUAGCCCAGAGAGCACGCUGGUAAAGCAGGCUGAGAGCCGGAAGAGCGGGGCUGUGGCUGCCACCUCCUUGGAUGUGGUGGAUGGCAUUCCUGAGGCAGCUCCCGGGCUGCCGCUGCUGGGAGAUGCUGCUCAGGCCACCAAGGUUGGGCGCUUCCAGGUGACCACGACGACGGAUCAAGUGGGGCGCUUCUCCGUGUCGAAGGCUCGGGAUGAGGUCAGCUGUGCUGAGAAAGAGCCAAUGACUCUUCCUCUCUCUGUGGGCUUGGAACAAGUUGCUUCUUCAGCUGCAGCUCCGAAGAAAGAGUUGGAGUCGAGGCAGUCCCCACACAUGAAUGGUCCAUCCUCUGAUCCGGAGGUCGCUUUUCUCAGUGGAAUGGCUAAGGAUUUGGAUGAUGGCUCAGGGAGCCCAGACUCUGUCCAGCACCUGGGAUCAAAGAUCAGCCUCCCUGUUCAGAGCCUUAGCAACUCCUUCAACUCUUCCUACAUGAGCAGCGACAAUGAGUCGGAUAUUGAAGAUGAAGACUUGAAGUUGGAACUCCGUCGGUUGCGGGAGAAGCACCUUAAAGAGAUCCAGGAGCUGCAGAGCCGCCAGAAGCAGGAGAUUGAGUCACUCUAUGUGAAGCUGGGAAAGGCUCCACCUGCAGUCAUUAUUCCCCCAGCUGCACCCCUGUCAGGAAGAAGGAGACGACCUACGAAAGGAAAAGGCAGCAAGUCCAGUCGUAGCAGCUCCCAGGGACAUAAAAGCCCUCAGCUAUCAGGCAACCUGUCAGCUCAAAGUGCACCAUCAGUCUUGCCCCCUCAGCAGACCCUUCAUCCUCCUGGCAGUGUGCCAGAGACUGGGCAGAACCAUUUGUUACAGCCCCUCAAACCUUCACCUUCCAGUGAAAAUCUCUACUCUGCCUUCACCAGUGAUGGUGCCCUCUCGGUACCGAGCCUUUCGGCGCCAGGCCAAGGCUGUGCGAAGUUUAACUGUGCAUCUGAGAGAGUGACCUUCAAGCCUGGUGGCAGGAGGACCCGAUUUCUGAGUACGCCCUGCUUGGCUCUUUGGAAGAUGGUGAAAAAAGUCUGUCCUUGCAACCAGCUCUGUAGGACCAGCAGCACCAACACGGUGGGGGCUGCAGUGAACAGCCAGGCUCCCCAGAGCCAGCCCACGGCCAUCGCCUCGAGCCGCAAGGGCACCUUCACGGACGACCUGCACAAGCUGGUGGAUAACUGGGCUCGGGACGCCAUGAACCUGUCUGGCAAGAAAGUUGGCAAAGGGCACAGCAGCUACGAGGGCCCUGGAAUGGCAAGAAAAUUCUCGGCGCCAGGUCAGCUCUGUAUCUCUAUGACAUCUUCCCUGGGUGCUACACCCAUCCCUGCAGCAUCAGCUACCUCUUUAGGUCCCUUCAGCAAGGCCAUGUGCCCCCCGCAGCAGUACGGUUACCCAGCAGCGUCCUUCCCCCCGCCCUGGAGCGGGCCAGGGGCGCCAGCACCGCCUCAGCUCGGCCAGUUCCAGCCCGUGGGUGCCACGUCUUUGCAAAGCUUCAACAUCAGCAAUUUGCAAAAGUCUGUCAGCAACCCUCCAGGCUCCAACCUGCGGACCACUUAGCCGUGCCCAGAGACCCUGCUGGCUACACCUCGGGACAGGACGUGGGGAGGGAGAUGGGGCCCUGUAUCACUACUAGUGCUGCAAUGAACUGGUAGCUUGCCAGACUGGGAAUGAAUUUCUCUUUUCCAACCAUUGCUGUCAACUCUCUGUAGCGGGAGUUUCCCCACGCGCUUGGAAGGGGGAGGAGGAUGAUCGGCAUCCUCGUGAUGGGACAGUGCUUUUCACCGAGGGGGGCUGCUCUUGUGUGGAACGAGAGCUGUGAGCAGAAGCCAGGGGGUCGGUUCAUACAGUCUUGCUGUUAAAUAUUUCUGGUUGGAGGCUGAAUCCACACGUGUGGAGGUGGGAGAGCUGAACCCUAGCAUGAGGCUUUAGCAUGCUUCUCGCCUCUUCCUGAAGAACCAAGAUCUGGAAAAAGCUGUCCAAAUUCCCCUCCUCUCCCUCUCCCCAGUCAAUAGCAUCUGGCUCUGAAAUGAUGGGGCACACGAAUGGACUUGUGGUGCAGCCCGUGCUUGAUAGGUCAUUACUGCUUUAAGUAAGAUAUUAACAGCUUUGACUGCAGCAUUAGAGCAAUUUAAAUUGUUUAAAAAAAUUUUUAAAGUUCCCUGCGGACAUGUACUUACCAUCAGUUUUGAUGUGGAAACACUGUGAUUAUAUAAAUGUUGUUGGACAACAGUAGUUUAAAAAUGAGUGGAAUAUAGAGGGUUAAAAAAGUUAAAAAGAAAAAAUGGGAAAAAAAGCUAGCUAUAUCCUUAUACUUAUUGGAGACACUUUAACUUUUUCCUUUGUAUUUUCAUUGUAUUAGAUAAAUAAAUGUGAAUGUAAAAUUGUAUAAAUUAAUGUACUUGAAUACUUGUCUGUUCUCCCAGUAUGCUUGCUGGAUAUUUUAGUGCCUUGGACUUCUCUUGCUUCUGCAGUUUAGCGUCGUCUUCCCAGCAGAGCCCAGGCGGGCAGAGGGCAAGCUGAGGGCAGGAUGUUUGUGCCCAGCGCCCGGGACGUUGGAGCGGGAGCGUGGAAGGGAGGUCACCGAGGCUGCGGGACCGAGCAGUUCUGUGUGUGGGAAAACUUAUCCAGGUGGGCAGAGCUGAAGGUGUGGGGUGACAGGGGCCAGGUGGGCUGGGACGGAGGGAUGCAGGUGAAGCUACAACGAGAUGGAACCAAUAUUGGCUCUGGAGGCAGGAGGGCUGGGUCAGAAACGGAGAGAGGAUGGGGAGAACUUGUAUCUUUGGGAAAGGCCCAACUUAAGAUGCAGUUUGACUCCAGCUGGGAAGUGGUAAAGAUGUUUGGUCAGGACGUGACUUGAGGGAGAGGUGCCAUUGCUCGUUGGCUUGGGCUUGUCUGCUGGGAUUGCUUUUCAUUGCUUUUCUUACCUUUUUUUUUUUUUUUUUUGGUAAAAUUCAUUUAAGCCAGGAACAGACUGUCCUGGUGCGACGUCCAUUGCCGGCAAUGGAUGUGCUUGAAGCAGCCGGCAUCAAGAAGUUUCCUCUGUCUUACUUGGAGGAUUUACAAUUUUGUUCACUCUUAACAAAUUUCAAGCUGGUACCAGGACUGUCACUGUCUGUCACUUGUCACCUCUUAGUACCUGUACUGUAUCUUCUGCUUUGGUCAUUCUCCCUUUUUGUGUUUAAGAAAUACUGGUUUCCUCUUCAAAGUCAAAAUAAUACCAGCCAGUAUUUACGUAGUGCUGCAGGAAGCUGUGAUGGAUGAGGGUGUAGCUUCCUCGCGCUUGGCAGGAGGUCAUCGAUGUCCUGGAGGCUGGUGCAUCACAGGGGUGUUACUUGUCCAUGUUUGUUUUAAUCUCAGAUUGCUGUUCGCUGCUGGGGCCUUAAUAGGGAGUUUUUGUGUCCGCAGAUGUCCUCCCGCUUUCAUUUUCCCAAAGAAACGCGAGAUGCUUUCCGUUCCUGUCCCUUGUUCUCAGCGGUUCUGGCAGCAGGGCGGGCACAGGCUGGAGAGGAGCGGGGCGGCGCUGUGGGACGGGCGCAGGCUGAGGCUCCGGGGGACAGGGGACAGGGCAGGCUCCGGGGGACAGGGGACAGGGCAGGCUCCGGGGGACAGGAGAGCAGCGGGCGCAGGGCUGAGGCCGGGCAGGAACCUCUGAAAGGAUGGAUGCAGGGGGGAAGCUCUUGAGCACGCCCAGGGAAACAGGAGUGGGACAGAGCUGAGGCAGUAAUGAGCCAAGGGCAAUAUCUGUGGCAGAGGAAAUGGUCAGCUGGAUGCAGCACAUGGUUAUUUAAAUUUGAUCUGAUAAGUUUGAGGUCGUUUUUUCACUUAAUGUUAUGCAAGAACUGGUUUUAUUUACCAUUGAUUUUUUUUUCUCCCUCCCUCUCCUCCUGUGGAUGAAUAACUGAAGUCUAGAGGAAUAAACUAAUGCUACUGAACUGUUAAAUUAUUUUGUUUAAUAUUACACUUUGAGUAUCUUUUUCCACAUAAAAUCUGUUUCUGAAUUACAAGCGUUUUCUUUACAUUAUUUAACAAUGUACACUGUAAAAAAAAUAAAAAUAAAA